CGCCGAGCUCACCCCGGCGGGAAGGCGGCAGGCGGGCCGCGGGCCUCCCCCAGUAGGUGGCCAGUAACUGUGACCGGAUUUUGCCCGAAAUCUCUCGGUUCCCACUCGCAACUCAGCUGCCCCGGUGAUAGAGAAGUAAUAGAGAUCAUGGGGAAACUGGGCUUUGAGAAGGCUUGGAUUAAAGAGGAGAAGGAUGAGGAAAAACUACCGAUGAAUGAAGAAGAAAUACAGAGGCAUGUAGAGAAAUUACAGAGCUACAUAGAAAAAAUGCAGAAGAAUGAAGAAGAAAUGCGGGAGAACAAAGAAAAAAUGAGGAAGAACGAAGAAAAGAUACAGGAGAUCGAUGAAAAAAUACAGGAGAUCAAAGAAAAAAUACAGGAGAACGAAGUAAAAAUACAGGAGGACAAAGAAAAAAUACAGCAGAUCAAAGAAAAGAUACGGAACAAUGAAAGAAUGCUGAAAAAUGUGGGGAAACUACAGAAAAAUGAAGUAAAAACAGAGAACGAAAUAAAAAUAGAGAAGUUCAUGGAUAAAAUACAGGCAAUCAAAGAAAAAAUGAGGAAGAACAAAUCGAAAAUACUGACGGACGAAGAAGGAAUGCAAAUCAAAGAAGGAAUUAAGAACAAGGGAAAAAUACAGGAGCUGGACAAAAAAAUACAGGAGCUCGACAAAAAAAUGCAGGAGCUUGACGAAAAAAUGCAGGAGGGCAGAGAAAAAAUACAGCAGCUCAAAGAAAAGAUACGGAACAAUGAGAUAAAAAUACAGACAAACAAAGAAAAAAUACAGGAAAAGAAAGAAAGAAGGCUGAAGAAUGUGGAAAAAACACAGAAGAAUGAAAUAAAAACAGAGAACGAAAUACAGGAGUUCAAAGAAAAAAUACAGGCAAUCAAAGAAAAAAUGAGGAGGAACAAAGAAAUGCAGAUCAAAGAAAAAACACAUCAGAUCAAAGGAAAGAUACAGGAGCUCGAUGAAAAUAUACAGGAGAAUGAAAUAAAAAUGCAGGAUGACAGAGAAGGAAUACAGCAGAUCAAAGAAAAGAUACAGAACAAUGAAAUAAUAAUGCAGAUGAUCAAAGAAAAAAUACAGGAAAAUGAAGAAAGAAGGCUGAAGAUUAUCAAAGAAAAGUUACGGAAGAAUGAAAUAAAAUUAGAGAUGAUCAAAGAAAAAAUACAGGAAGAGGAAGAAAGAAGGCUGAAGAGUGCAGAAAAAAUACCGAAGAUUGAAGAAGAAAUGCAGAUCAGAGAAAAAAUUAGGAAGAACAAAGAAAAAAUACAGAAGCUCAACAGAAAAAUACAGGAGCUUGACGAAAAAAUACGGAAGAAUACAGAGAACGAAAUAAAAAUACAGGAGAUGAAAGAAAAAAUAAAGGCAGCCAAAGGAAAAAUAAAGAACAAAGAAAAUAGCAAAAUACCAAAGAACGAAACCAAAAUACCGGAGAGUGAAGUAAAAACAGAGAACGAAAUGGAAAUUCGUAAGAAUGAAAUAAAAAUACAGGAGAUCAAAGAAAAAAUACGGAAGAACAAAUUAAAAAUACAGGAAAGCAAAGAGAAAAUACCGAAGAGUGAGGAAAUAACAGAGAACAAAAUAAAAAUACGUAGGAAAGAAGAAAAAAUACAGGAGAUUGAGGAAAAAAUGCGGAAGAUCAAAGACGAAAUGUGGAAGAUUGAAGAAAAAAUACAGAAGAACAAAAUAAGGAUACAGGUAAACGAAAAAAUACCGAAGAAUGAAGAAAAAAUACAGAAAAAUAUGGAAGAAUGAGAGAAAACUACAGAAGAAUGAAGAAACAAUAUCAACUAAAAAACUAAAAAAACCCCAAAACCAUUAAUAAAAUGCUGACAGUCAACUUU